AUGGCUUCCGUUUCUUUUCUUCGGCUUUCCCCGAUUACCUCUCCCAAAACCCUAGCCAAACCCUAUCCUUUUUCUUCCUUUGCCCCUCCUUUACUUGUCUUUCUCAAAUCACCUCCUCUGACCGUUCCCUCACUAAAGCCCACCACCACACGUAUGUCUUACAAUCCCACUCCAGCCACUGAACGCUUAAUCUCAGCCGUUGCUUACACUCUUCCUUUCUUCAAUUCUCUCCAAUAUGGCCGCUUCCUUUUCGCUCAAUACCCAUCUCUGGGUCUUCUUUUUGACCCCCUUAUCCCUCUCUUAAACCUCUAUAGAUCAAUUCCAUAUGCUAGUUUUGUGGCUUUUUUCGCUCUUUAUUUGGGUGUUGUUAGAAACCCAAGCUUUAGCCAGUAUGUCAGGUUCAAUUCAAUGCAAGCUGUCACUUUAGAUGUGCUUUUGGUGGUGCCCUUGCUUUUGGCCCGAAUCUUCAAUCCAGGUCGGAGCGGAUUAGGGUUUAAGCUCAUGGUUUGGGGCCACAAUGCUGUGUUUUUGUUCAGUUGUUUCUGCUUUGUUUAUGGGUUAGUGAGUUGUGUUCUGGGUAAGACUCCUUAUUUGCCAUUUGUUGGUGAAGCUGCUGGUAGGCAAGUCUAGACUGAACCCUUGCUCUUUUCUGGUUUCUUUUCCUGGUAAAACAUGGUUGAAGCACGAGGUCAACGUUUGAAGCUCGAGGCAAGUGUAGGGUGCAAGUGUAUUAAGGCUGGGUGGGGGAGAGUUUCGUAGUGGGAGUGUUCUUCUGGGGCUUUUACUUGCAAGUAACUGAGUUAUUAUAGAACUUUAUCUGUUCCCAUAGGGAUUGUUUGCAAGUGUUUUAUCUUUUAAUCCUGUUGCUUUCAUUUAAAAAUAAUAAUUUUGGCUAUUCAUUUAGCAGGAUUUAUAGAUGAACAAUCUGAUGUGAUUUCAGAAGUAUUUAUUUCUUUUGGUUAAUUUGUCUCA